GGCGGCUCGCGCGGCGCCGAAUGGCGUCGAGAGCGUCCGCCGGAUCCGGAGCUUCAAGGACGCCAGCGACGCUUUCGUGCCGCGAGGCGCCAUCUACCGCAACGCGCGUGCCUCCCACAGGAGCUACGUGGAGAUGGAGAAGAGGCUGAAGAUAUGGACGUACUCAGAAGGGGAGCCGCCACUAGCGCACCUAGCACCGGGCACGGACAUCUACUCCAUCGAGGGCCAGUUCCUGGCCGAGAUGGAGGAGCCCCUCAACCGCUUCGCCGCGCGCCACCCGGACGAGGCCAACGUCUUCCUGCUCCCCAUCAGCGUCUGCAACCUCGUCCACUACGUCUACCGCCUCAACACCACGGCACACCUCGCCCCGCUCCGCAAGCUCCUCGCCGACUACGUGGCCGUCAUCUCCGACAAACACCCGUACUGGAACCGGUCCGGGGGCGCCGACCACGUCCUCGUCUCCUGCCACGACUGGGCGCCGCUGGUCUCCGAGGGGAGCCCCGAGCUGCGCGACAACGCCAUCCGGGUCCUCUGCAACGCCAACGUCUCGGAAGGCUUCGUGCCGCGCAAGGACGCCACGCUGCCCGAGGUGAACCUGGCCGACGGCGUGCUCCGGCUGCCGACGCAAGGCCUGCCGCGGCAGAACCGGACGACGCUCGCCUUCUUCGCGGGCGGGAUGCUCGGGGAGAUACGCAGGGCGCUGCUGGAGCAGUGGGCCGGCAGGGAAGACCCGGAGAUGGACGUCCACGAGUACCUCCCGCCCCACGGCGGCGGGCCGGGCUACGACGACUACCACGCGCUCAUGGGCCGGGCCAGGUUCUGCCUCUGCCCGAGCGGCUUCGAGGUGGCGAGCCCCAGGGUGGUGGAGUCCGUCUUCGCCGGGUGCGUGCCGGUGAUCAUCUCCGAGGGCUACCCGCUGCCGUUCGGCGACGUGCUGGACUGGAGCAAGAUGUCGGUGGCCGUGCCCGCGGCGAGGAUACCGGAGCUCAAGGCCAUCCUGAGGGGCGUGUCGGAGAGGAGGUACCGGGUGCUGCGGGCCAGGGUGCUCCAGGCGCAGCGACACUUCGUGCUCCACCGACCGGCCAGGCGCUUCGACAUGAUCCACAUGGUGCUGCACUCCAUCUGGCUCAGGAGGCUCAAUGUCAGGCUUCCCUACUGAUGAUCAUUCAGGGGUCAGGAUGCUUGUGUAGUGUGUGUUUUGAUUCUGUCGGAAAAUCUUGAUUAACAGGGAAGGAUUUUAUUCAGGCUGUUAUUGUAUGACAUCGAAUUGAAUUGUAUGGAAUCAAACAUGCGGGCAGACUCCUAAAAAUCAAAGAUCGAGAAAUUGACCCAAAGAAGAUAACAGAGAAGGAUUUUGGUCAGGCUGUUAUUGCAUAGUACUACUCCCUCCGUCCCAAAAUAACUGUCGUGGAUUUGUACAAAAUCUUAUACAAAUUCACGACACUUAUUUUGGGACGGAGGGAGUAUAUCAUAUCACUCUAUAAUUGAGAAAUAUAAUUCAGGUGGCAGGCUCCGAUAAAUCAAUUCUACCCUGAUGAUCAACAGGAGAGAUUUGUAAGAUGCACCACAGGUUCGUGUUAGAUUGACCAUACAGAUGUAAGGGAAAACGUGGCAGACAGUAAGCAAGCUUCAAAGUCACAGGUUCGUUACAUCAGUGGAGAGAUGUCUGUCAACUGAGCCCUUGGGCUAGAACGAACGAUGUUAUUUACAGCUGCUACAUACUUGGGCAACUUUGAUCAGCAG